GUUGCGAGAGCAUGACGUAGAGCUCGAGUGACAAUGCCUGCCAAUAAAGAUGAGCUUGUAGAAGGCAGAGCCUCUUACCAAUACCAAACACAAGCAUAACCAUUCGCCAAACUCUACCACACCUACCGUACUGACCAAUUUAUCAUGUUUUCCGCUCGUACCUUCGUCUCGCCUAUUGCCAGGGCUGCCUUCAGGCCUCAGGCAGCUGGAGCCUCGAUCAACAGCCGUGCAUUUGCGACUUCUCAGAUUUUGCAUGCACCAGCCUUGACCGAAGCUAUCACCAGCGAUCACCGCGAUCUCGAGAAGUACUAUAAGGAGAUUGUCAACUCCAAGGACGUCGAUCACCAGACGCGUUAUGGCAACCAAUUCACCUGGGAGCUUGCUCGUCAUUCAGUGGCCGAGGAGCUGAUCGUCUACCCGGCCAUGGAGAAGUAUAUGGGCGAGGAGGGCAAGGCACAUGCUGAGAAGGAUCGUAAGCAUCACCACACGCUCAAGGAGCUCCUUAAGACAUUCCAGAACAUGAGCGCCCAGGAUGCCGAAUACGUUCCCCAGCUGAAGAAGCUGUACGAGCACCUCGAGCAUCACAUCAAAGAGGAGGAGAGUGACGAUCUGCCCGCACUCGAGAAGGCUCUGACCUCAGAGAAGAACCACGGCAGCUCUGAGAGCUUGGCCAAGAGCUUCUCCAGGACCAAGAUGUUCGUUCCAUCAAGGUCUCACCCAGCUGCCGGUGAGAACCCGUACAUCGAGGGCCCCGCUGGUCUGCCAGUCGCCAUCUUUGACCACAUCGCCGAUCUCUUCCGCAAAUUUCCCGAGGGCACGAUCAGCCCCAACCCGUCGCAGAAGUAAAUUGUGUGUAUGUUGGUGGUCGAAGGGAGCGCGACGGUACAAGACGCAUUACGAUGAGGCGUUAUGGUAUCUCGACAUUGGGACGGAGUUUCGGUGUUCUCGAUUCGACAGCAUCUACGCAGUCACUAGUGUACAGCAC